UUCGUGGGCGACGUGGCCAAGGAUCUGGGACUGCAGCUGCCGGCGCUCCGUGGCAUCCGCAUUAUACAAAGAAGUAGAGCAGAAUAUUUCGCUAUGAACGGGAAGACGGGACAUUUAGUGACGGCGGAAAGGAUCGACAGAGAGCAGCUGUGCCGGUGAAAAUGCGUGCUGCGCUGUGAGCUGAUAGUAGAGGAGGAAAUGAAGUUUCAUAAAAUCGAAGUGGAAAUCACGGACAUUAACGACAACGCUCCCAGCUUCAAGGAAAUAGAACUGGAGCAGCGAAUGAGCGAGAUGACAGCCCCGGGGUCGCGGUUUCCCCUGCCAGACGCUCAUGAUCCAGACUUGGGACGGAAUUCCCUGCAGAAGUACGAGCUGAGCGGCGAUGAACACUUCUCGCUGGCCGUUGACGGCGGCGAUCCGGCACGGACGGGCACAGCGCGGAUCCGCGUGACGGUGGUGGACGCGAACGACAACGCGCCCGUGUUCAGCCAGUCGGAGUACUCGGUGCGUGUGCCGGAGGACGUGCCCGUGGGCUCCGUCCUCGUCACGGUCACGGCCAUCGACGGCGACGAGGGGCUGAAUGGGGACGUCAACUACAGUUUCCAUAGAAUUUCUGACCGAGCGUCGGAACUUUUUCAUGUAGAUGCAAACACAGGAAAGAUUACACUUAAGGACAAUUUGGACUUCGAGGAGAUCUCCUCACAUGAAAUGGAGGUGCAGGCACGGGACGGCGGCGGUCUUUUCGACACAACAAAAGUCACGAUCCCCUUGAUGACAGACGUCAACGAUAACGUGCCCGAGAUUUCGCUGCGGUCUGCGAUUACGGAGAUUCUGGAGGAUGCCCCGGCGGGGACGGUGCUGGCCCUGCUGCAUGUACAGGACCGCGACUCGGGGCCGAACGGCAAAGUGCGCUGCUCGCUCGAUGGAGGCGUCCCAUUCCGACUGCAGAACUCGCAGGACAACUACUACAGUGUAGUGACGGCGAGAGAGCUGGACCGG